AUGUGCGCGCAGACAAACUCCCCAACAAUUCCAUUGGACCCGUCAAAGUUAUCGCGCCAGCCAGGUGCCGGAUUUACUCCAUUAAAAAAAGACAGCCCGUACUCACCUGUCGGAGUAAACCUCACAGGACUACCUCGAAGGGUGAAGGAUAGCUGUGCAGAUGUUUACAAUAAUGCAUGCACGAGAUGGGAAAGGGCCAAAUUGCAGGGUGCAAGAACAAUUCGCGAAAUAAUCGUACUCAAAGGUGGCGAAACACCAGACGAAGCGAAACUGGACGAGCUCUGCGAGAACUUGCUAAAAAUAAUAGACGAUCUAGCAAGGAUCGUCGACUCGAUAAGCUCGGUGCGAAAAAAUUUUGAGGCUCUCUUAAAGAUCUAUAAGGUGAAGGCCUCUAUUGACAGUGACACUAUGGCGAACAGCAACGUUCCAUUUUUGAGUUAUACUCUAGAAAAAUAUCUCGAGAUGAUUCGUUCAAUCGAAGAGCCGUACAUUCAGGAGCUCAAGUUUAAGCGGAACUUGAUUAAGAGGGUUCCUUUACAGAAUAACCAAGCUAUAUGUACGUUCAUUAAUGUCUGUUGGCUACAUGAUCCUCUAAUAGAUGAGUCUGUAAUGCGUGCAGUGCUAGCGCUUGUCGCGGAGUGUGGUUUUAAAUAA